AUGCUACUGCCUACUGAGGCAAGCGGGACGCGAGAGACUUCCCUAGGAGCCCAAAAGGGCAAGACAGAAUUCAAGUACCAAACUGUGAAGGUGGCCUCACAUCAAGAUAGUGUGGUCUCGAUCGAUGCAAAACAAACAAUAACGGGUUACUUGACCGCGGAGGCAGAAAGCGAUAUGGAGGACAGCGUCACACGUCGAACACUCCGCGAGAGACACGUGCUGCUCAUAGGUAUCUCUGGAGUGAUAGGGACCGCACUCUUUGUAAGCAUUGGAAAAGGCCUCUUUCGCGGCGGCUCAGUUUUUUUGCUCCUUGGAAUGGCGCUUUGGUGCAUUCCUAUGCUCUGCAUCACGGUUUCAACGGCUGAAAUGGUGUGCUAUCUUCCGCUUGACUCGCCGUUUCUGUGCCUGGCUUCGCGGUGUGUCGAUGAUUCUUUGGCGAUAAUGGCGGGCUGGAAUUUUUGGUUCCUGGAGUGCGUACAGAUUCCAUUCGAGAUUGUGGCAGUCAACACUAUCUUGCACUACUGGAGAGACGACUACUCCGCCGCGAUUCCCUUGGUGGUCCAGGUUAUCCUGUACUUCGCCAUUAGCGUGUUGGCAGUACGCUUUUAUGGGGAGAUGGAGUUCUGGCUCGCCAGCUUCAAGAUCAUACUGGCUGCAGGCCUUUUCGUAUUUACGUUGGUCGCGAUGCUUGGCGGAAACCCGAAGAAAGACCGGUUCGGGUUUCGGAAUUUCGCAGACGCACCUUUCAAGCAGUACUUCCCAUCUGGAAAGCCAGGAUCGCCCUCUGCCGGAUACUUCCAGGGAUUUCUUGCAUGCUUGAUCCAGGCCAGCUUCACCAUUGCAGGACCUGAUUACGUCGCGAUGAUCGCAGGCGAGACGCGCCUGCCACGGAAAAUUCUACCGGUUGCGUUCAAGCAGGUGUUCAACAGGCUUACCAUUCUGUUUCUGGGAAGCAGUUUGUGCGUUGGCAUCCUGUGCAGCGCCAACGAUCCCAGUCUGAUGGCGGCCAUAAGCGAGGCGCGGCCGGGCGCCGGUGCCUCGCCCUACGUGCUUGCGAUGAAAAACCUGGGGAUUAAAACGCUUCCCGACGUCGUCAACGCCGCGCUUGUGACAGCCGCGUUCUCGGCGGGCAAUGCCUACACGUUCUGCUCGUCGAGGACCCUCCACGGCAUGGCACUGGUCGGCAACGCGCCUGCCGUGUUCAAGCGCUGCAAUCGGCACGGCGUCCCCAUCUACGCUGUCGCAGUGUCGCUCACGUGGGCUCUGCUGAGCUUGUUGCAGCUCAACAAGAACAGCGCCGUUGUGCUGAACUGGUUAAUAAACAUGAUCACGGCCUCGCAGCUGAUCAAUUUCGCCGUGCUGUGUGUCACCUACCUGUACUUCCGCCGGGCCUACCACGCCCAGUGUGGCGCGCUUCCAGAACUUCCCUUCAAGUCCUGGGGACAGCCCUACACGGCGCUCGUCGGCUUGGUCGCAGUGCUGAUCAUGGUCUUGGUCCAGGGCUACGCGGUGUUCUGCAGCUCGCUGUGGGAUGUCCAGGAGUUUCUGUUCUGCUACCUCAUGAUUUUCAUCGACAUUGCCAUCUACGUUGUGCACAAGUUUGUCGUCCAAAGAGGACGCUGCUGGCCUAGAGCGCCGAAGGCCGUGGAUCUCGUCACGGGGCUGCUCGCAGUCGAGCGCCACGAGCGUGAAGCCGGCUUCGACAGAUAUGUGUUUUUCACAGAGCGUGCUAGCCCGCUGCGCGCAUAA